AUGGAUCAAGUUUGUCAAUAACAAGGAAAUCAAUCGAAUAAUCAACCAAAAAUAAUAGAAAAUGAAGAGUUAUUUUCAUAUAGGAGGAUAAACGUUCCAGGGCUUCCUAUUUCGUCUUUAAGAACAAAUUGCAAAGGUGACAAAAAAAGAUUAGAAAUUGGAUUGAUUUCAGACCGAAAAUUAAGCGAUGUUCCAAACUUUGAUAGCAUGUUCUCUGCUGUAAACUCUAAAUUUCAUCAAUAAAAGAAUAGUAUAGGUGAUAUUCCACAACCAUAAUCCUAAGCGCCAAAAAUGGAACCUCAAGCAAAGAGAAAUUUGAGAAUGAUUGAAAAAUUAGAAUCUGACAAGCUUUGUUUAAAAAUAUAUAUGUCUGAAGAAGAUUCAAAUUAAAUAAUAUUUACAGGCAUAAGUAAAGAAUAAUUAUAAUCACCAACCUAAAAUAAAAAAGAACUAAUUUAAAAGUUGCAGAAGUUAUUUGAGAAUAACAUAACUCAGACUAACGAAAGUAAAUCUUUUACAGAGAGGUCCCUGUCUAUUUCGAAAAUAUAAGAAUAUGAAUAGAAUGCACCCGCUAAUAUAACUAAAGAUUUAGAAAUUUUAGAAAAUGAAUUAAAUUGUUAGGUUAUCAAUGAGCAACAAUAUUCAAAUUCGAAUAUUUACAAACCAUAUCCAUUAAGCUAAUAAAAUUUGACUUUAAAUCUUAGACAAAAACAGAAAAGUUCAAAGAUUUCAUCAUAAACAAUAAAUGGUCCCUCCUAUUAAUAACGGAAUUCUGAAUACAAGUGCAUGAACAAAAUCAAAACAAAUGCUAAAUCAUUACAUGUAACAUGUCACUCUUGA